GUAGAGGUAACUCUGACGCUACCAAACAAACAGAAAUAUACUGUCUAAAUAUAAAGACAAUCAAAUGAGUCGCUUAACUUCAAACUCGGGUAAAUCCAACUGUCAGAUUAUGCGAUUUUUGUAUUAAGACCAGGGUAAUAGGGUUGAUAUUUGCUGCGAGGGUUGAAUGGAUGUACCCGAGAAAUUAGGCGUUUGAAAUUAAACGCGACACACUGUAAUGUUAUUGCUCAUAUAAUUAGCAUAGGCGCUAAAUCCUUCGUAUUAUCAUUCGUGGCUCACUCCCCGAUUUCGUCGCUUUGCAACAGCAACAGAGCUACCUCGUCCUGUUGCUACCAUGCAUGGGAGCUUCGAAGCAGCAGGGCUGGCUGGACCGCAUGGUGGCGUACCAUAAGAAGAAUUUCCUUCAGGAGUUUGCUAAACUUCCACCGCUCACCGUGACGGUCGAAAAGGCUCCCGCCGGGUUCGUGGACUCCCCAAAAUGGGACAGGGAAUCCGUGAUGCGGCUCGUCAUGUUGGUGGAGGUGUUGGAUGCGCGACAAGCAAAGCAAGCUAUCCGCCGCGCGCUGUCUCCCUCCCGCCGCCGGUUCGACCUCCCCCCUGGGAAUAAUACCUUCCAACUCUUCCCCAGCUGGGGUAAGGAUCACCCGAACGACUUCUCUUACGACGACAUGGUCCAAUACGACGAUAAAAUGACAAACGCGCCCCAAGACGAAGUCGUGACGGAUGACACCGUCGUCUACAUCUCCAACCCGGUUGAGGCCAGACUGCCUGCUUCGAGGGUCACUGUCAGGCUGUUAAGGGAGAUAAUGGAGGCGCGCGCUAUCGGCCUGCGAGAGAUGCCGUCCACAACCCGGUCUACAUACUCCUGGACAGCAAAGUCGCAGAACCCCGACGAAGCAGGGAAGUCCACGGAGCCAGGCGGUGCAGACACCACCGCUGCUGAAGCAGACACCACCGCUGCUGAAGCAGACACCACGGCUGCUGAAGCAGACACCACGGCUGCUGAAGCAGACACCACGGCUGCUGAAGCAGACACCACGGCUGCUGCAGCAGACACCACCGCUGCUGAAGCAGACACCACCGCUGCUUAAGAAGUCACGGAGGCCCCGAAAGAUGGUGAAUAAAAGAAAGAGUAAGAAACGGAGAAAAGGACGACAAAUAGAUAUAAUACAUACAGAAAUAGAUAUAAACAUACUUCAAAA